AUGAUGGCUUAACCUAGAUAUUCGUAGAAAAUGGGAGAUACAUUUUCAAAUAGCAAAGACUUUUAUUCUUUUCACUAAAAAUAACUGAUAGGAUCAAAAGUGCAACCCCAACGUUUGGAAUAAUUAUCAAUUUCAUAGCGAACAAAAGUUGGUACAAUUAAGGAGAGAACAAGUUCAGAUAUAUUUACAAGUUUGAUUAAUAGAGGGAUGCUGCAUAGUGAAUAGAAAGAGUUAAAUAAUGAGAAUAAUGAGGAUUGUUCAAGAAUGAUGAUAAAGUAGAAUGAAGAUGAAAGAAUGAGCAAAGAAGAUAAAACAACACCUUAGAAGUUAUAAAGUGUAGGAGAAUAAGAUAAAUGUAAAUAGAAAAGUAAUUUAUGAUUAGCAAAGAAGAUGUUACCUCCUCUGAAGUUAAUUACAGAUAAACUGAAAGUAAAGGAAAGACAGAACUAAUCAAAAGAACGUGGAGAAACAUUCAAAAGUUCACUUAUUGAGACGUAAUUCAUAUGUAUAUUGAAAGACCAACGAUGUAAAAAACAUUAGCUAGGAAACAUAGAGCAUUUGGAUAAGGUGAAUAAAAGUCAACGAUUGAGAAUGAUACAAGUGUUCAUAAGAUGGGAAGAACUUCUUCAACUCCUUUUAUGUAAAAGUCAAAGGAAGAAAAAGAUGAGCAUUUAACAAGUAGAUCAGGGACUCCUUAGAAAGAGAUGUUUCAUGCAAGUCCACUGAAAAUUAGACAAAAACUAUAAAAUAAAUAAGUUGUAAUACAAACACCAUAAUCAAGAGGAUUAAAAGAAAAGAAGUAAUUGAAUGCUUUUUAUUCAUCUUAAUCAUAAUAAUAAUAGAUAAAAACAGUAGAUAUUUAAAUAGAUAAAAAAGUGAUACCAAAGAGAAAGAAGAAAUAAAGUUAAGGAUUAGCAAUAUAACAAUAGAAUCAAUAAAAAGAGAAAUUGACAUAACGUCAUACUUCAUAUAGAUGCUUCAUAAACAAAAUUAAUUUUUCAAAUAAUCAAUGUAUUUGUUGUCCAAGUAAAUUGGAAGUCCCAUCAUACUUUUAUUAUGUAGGUAAGGGAAAUAAUGGUAGUCUCAUAAAAAAUAUGUUUAGAUAAAGAUGGUGGUGGUAAGAGGUAGAAACAUUAGAUAUUACAAAAGUAAAUAUGUCCUGGACAUAACUUAAAUAAAACAUUUGUAUUACUUAGUUGCAUCCAUGUAUACUUGAAUCAGGUCUAUAAAGUUCUGAAUCAUUUCUCUUAAGUCAUGAAGAAACUAUUGGAGAUACAAGUGAUUCUGAUAUAGAAGUUAGAUCAAAAUAACUAAGUAGUACUGGAGGUCUUUAAAAGUCAACUCCAUAAUAAUAGUAGAAGAGGCCAUCUAAUUAUUAUUCUUUAAGAAGAAUACUUAAUACAUAAGAUCUUUAAAAACUUAUAAAUUAUAUGGAAGAAACUGGAUGUUAUGAUUCUUAAUUAAUAUUUAGUGAUUGUACUGAUAAAUUGCUUAAAGACAUUAAAUUCCUCAAUACUAAUCAACGUUAAGAUAGUAAGAUGUUUCGUAUGCAUAAUCAUAUGGAAGAUAAUUGGCAUUUAGGUAACAAAAAAGCUUUGUUUUAUAAUAUGAAACAUUAUUAUUAAAUCAUUAAAGAAGACUAUAAUAAAUUACUUCCUGUAACUUUUCAUGUUUAAAAAGGAAUUAAUGAUAUAGAAUAUUAAAAGUUUUUGGAAUACUUUAAUAGAAGAACUGAUGAAAUCAAAGAAAUUGAAAGAACUAGAGAUAGAAAAGAUAAAAAGAAACUUCCUAUUAAUUUAUGGAUCAUUAAACCAGGUGAAUUAACAAAUAGAGGUAAUGGCAUCACUGUUUGUAAUGAUCUUAAUGAAAUUAAUAAAAUCAUUAAUGAAGAAAUUCAAGAAGGCAGACCAAGAACAUAUAUAGUAUAAUAAUAUAUAGAUAAUCCUUUUUUAUACAAUAAAAGAAAAUUCGAUAUUAGAUGUUAUAUGUUAUUGACUUCUCAAAAUGGGAUUUUUAAAGGUUAUUGGUAUUAAGAAGGAUAUAUCAGAACAUCUUCUAAAGAAUUUACUACUAAAUGUUUAGAUAGAUUUGUUCAUUUAACUAAUGAUGCUGUUUAAUCUAAAGAUUAGGAUUAUGGUAAACAUGAACCUGGAAAUAAAAUAUCUUAUCUUGAAUUUUAAAGAUAUGUUGAAGCAAAUCAUCCUAAUAUUAAAUUUAAUUUCUUUAUUGAUAUUUAUCCGAAAAUGAAAUCUGCUGCUUUAGAAAUGAUGAAAGCUACUUAUGGAAAAAUUGAUCCACAUCGUAGAAUUAAUAGUUUUGAAGUAAUAUUUAUUCUCUAUUUUAUAUAGCUUUAUGGAUUAGAUUUUAUGAUUGAUGAUAAUUUUAAAUUAUGGUUAAUUGAAGCUAAUACAAAUCCUUGUCUAGAACUCUCUUGUCCUCUACUUAGUAAAAUCAUACCAACUAUGGUUGAAAAUCUAUUUAGAAUUGCUGUCGACCCAAUUUUCCCUCCUCCUUUCUUUGAAGAAUGGCCUUAAAAUAAAAAACUAUUUAUACCUGAUAAUGUUGUUGAAAACAACAAAUUCGAACUCAUUUUUGAUGAACUUAUUGAAAAAAAGAAUAUGAUCAAUCUAUUUCGAGAUAAUAAAAUAGAACAGGAAUGUUUUGAUAUUGAAGAAGAAGAAGAAGAAGAAGAAAAAGAUUGA